AUGGAACAAAUUCCAGUUUUAGCUCAAGAUCAACAUAACUUGAAUGAGUUUUCUGUUUUGCAUUCUAGAAGAGCUGUUCAGGAACUCGAGCUCAAAGAUAUUAGGACUCAAAUAGAGGACGUUGUCGACGCCAAAAAUGAAUGUGAGCUUUUAGAUGAAGAUGAUGUGGAUCAGAUUCCAUUAAUCAAGAUUGGUGAUGCUUUUUUUCAAGUCUCUUUGGAUACCUUGAAUGAAGAGCUUGAACAGUCAGAAUCCAAGUUGGAAAAGCAAACUGAAGAACUAGAGUCUCAUAUGGAAUUGGAUCAUUCACGUAUUCAAGAGCUGAAAAGCGUUCUCUACGCAAAGUUCCAUGACCAGAUUAAUCUUGACUAA